AUGUCCACCCUCUUCCGCGCCUCCCGCCCGGCCUUCCGCGCCCGCACCUUCUUCCAGCAAAACGCCUCCAAGACCACCCGCCGCUUCCAGUCCACCGAGUCCACGGCCAAUGCCGCGCCAGAGUCAUGGAUGCAGCAGUUCUGGAAGAGCGAGAAGGGUCCCAAGACUGUGCACUUUUGGGCACCAAUGAUGAAAUGGGGCCUCGUCCUCGUCGGCAUCUCAGACUUUGCCCGCCCCGCCGAGUCCCUCUCCCUGACCCAAAACGCCGCCCUCACGACCACCGGCAUCAUCUGGACGAGAUGGUGCUUGAUCAUCAAGCCCAAGAACUACCUCCUCGCCGCAGUCAACUUUUUCCUCGGAUGCGUCGGCGUGAUCCAGUGCAGCCGCAUCUUCCUCCACCACCAGGCCCAGAAGAAGCUCGCGGAGGAGGUCGGCGAGGCCAAGGAGGCGGUCAAGGAGGCCAAGGAGGCUAUUAAGCACAAGUCUUCAUAG